AUGUCAAUUGAUCCGGAAACACGUAGGAAAUUAUUAAAUUUACAAAAACAAGGUGAAAAUAAAAAAUGUUUUGAUUGUCAAGCUCCAAAUCCACAAUGGGCUUCACCAAAAUUUGGUAUUUUUAUUUGUUUAGAAUGUGCAGGUGUACAUAGAGGUUUAGGUGUUCAUAUAUCAUUUGUUAGAUCAAUUACAAUGGAUCAAUUUAAACCAGAAGAAACUUUAAGGAUGGAAAUUGGUGGUAAUGAAAGAUUGAAAAAUUAUUUUACAUCAAAUGGUAUUGAUUUAAAAUUAUCACCAAAAUUAAAAUAUGAUAAUUAUGUGGCUGAAGAUUAUAAAGAAAUUUUAACUUGUGAAGUUGAAGGUAAAGAAUAUGUACCUAAAGAUCAUAGUAAUGAUAAAUUACCAACUGAAUCUGAUUCUAAUUCAAAUUCAACUGUAAAUAAUAACAAAAAUUCAAGACAACCAUUAACUCAAGAUCAAAAAUCAAAAAAUGAAGCAUAUUUUGCAGAUUUAGGAUCAAGAAAUAAUCAAAGACCUGAAAAUUUACCACCAUCACAAGGAGGAAAAUUUGCUGGAUUUGGUAAUACUCCACAACCAACAACAAGUAAUUCAUCACAAUCUUCAUUUUCUAGUUUUUCAUUAGAUAAUUUUCAAAAAGAUCCUUUAGGUACUUUUACAAAAGGUUGGGGAUUAUUUUCAUCAUCAGUUGCUAAAUCAGCCCAAGAAAUUAAUGAAAGUGUUAUAAAACCAGGUUUAAAUCAAAUACAACAAAGCGAAUAUACAGAAGAAGCAAAAAGAGCCAUGGCACAAUUUGGUCAAAGAAUGCAAGAAACUGGUAAAUAUGGUCAAGAAACUUUUCAAACUUUUACAAAAGAUAUAAAUGAAAAUGGGUUUAAUAUUGAUAAAUAUUUUAGUAAUGGAAAUGAUCAAGAUCAACAAGUUCCAGAUGCAUUUGGAUUUAAAAAACCAAAAGAUGGAAUUAAAUAUGAAAGUUUAUCAGGAGGUUCAAAAAAGAAAGAUGAUGAAGAUGAUGAUAAAUGGGAUAACUUUUAG